UCCUAGCGGUUCCAUCACACGAUAUGUCGGGAAAAGAAGAAUGGCCGGAAUGGUCCGACGUGGAAGAAGGAGCAUCAGUGGAUGAACCAGGCCCGGAGCAUUUGGUGGUGCUGUCCGAUCGAUUCGGACAUUCGUCCUUCCGUCCUAUGCAAUGGCGUAUUAUUCGUUCCAUCAUCGACGAACGACGGGAUAACUGCGUAAUCAUGGCCACCGGGUACGGCAAGUCGCUCACGUACCAAUUCCCAUCGGUCUUCCUAGAACGCCUCUCAUUCGUCGUUUCGCCGUUGAUCAGCUUAAUGGAGGACCAGGUGUUGUCGCUGAAUCUGUACAACAUUCCCGCCUGCCUACUAGGCACGGCGCAACGUGCCAAUCCGAUACCGGAAAUAAAGGAGGGUGCAUUCCGUGUAGUGUAUCUGACUCCAGAGUUUGUUACCGGCGACAGUGGUCAGGAGCUGUUACGAUCCGUUAAGAACCAGCUCGCACUAAUCGCCAUCGACGAAGCGCACUGUCUGAGCAAAUGGGGCCACGAUUUUCGUCCUGCAUAUCGUAACUUAAACAUGAUUCGUAAGGCGUGCCCAAACGUGCCAAUACUCGCCGUCACGGCAACGGCCACACCAAAGGUAAAGGAUGAUAUUAUACGCAGCUUGCAGCUGGUUAAUCCGCAGGUACUUUGCACUGGCUUCGACCGUCCGAAUCUGGAGUUUAUCGUGCGUCCAAAGGGACCGCAGGGCCCACUGGAAGACAUAAGGCCGCUGUUGAUGACCAACCGCGAUGGAAGCGCCAUCAUAUACUGUCUCACUCGCAAGCAGACGGACGAAAUAACGGAGCUGCUGCGCUGCAAAGGGUUCACCUGUGAAGCAUACCACGCAGGGCUUUCGCUUAAGCAGCGCAGGGACGUCCACGAGAGCUUCGUAAAGGAUCGCGUUCAAAUCAUCGUUGCGACCAUCGCGUUCGGAAUGGGCAUUGACAAGCCGGACGUGCGGCUGGUCAUACACUACGGAGCUUCGAAGGAUCUCGAGAGUUACUAUCAGGAGGCCGGGCGAGCCGGUCGUGACGGACAACCGUCCCGGUGCGUCAUGUUCUGGUGCCGGGCUGAUUUCAAGACGCACGAGUUUCUGCGCUCAAACUCCUACGGAACGGUACAGAACAACCUGGAGCAGCUAUCGCGUAAAAUGAGCGAGUAUCUGGACACCCGCAGCUGCCGUCGGGAUUUCAUCCUACAGUACUUCGAGGGAACGCUGGGCAAAAUGGAGCGAAGCGCGAAGCCCAAGCAGUCCGGGGAAAGGAAAUGCUGCGACAACUGCACCAGGGGUGGCGUGGCAAAAGAUUGCGAGCGGUACGAAGGCAUCGACGCUGAAGGGCAGUACGAUUUUGCGCCCGAUGCCGAGUUGCUUCUGAAGGCGCUGGGGAUAUUUUACGGCGGGACCGGUUUCGCCCUUCCAAUCAUGCUGCUGCGGGGUUCGAAGAAUAAAAAACUAAACGAUAAGCAUUACAGCAACGCCCUGUACGGGAAGGGCAAGGCACGCGACGAAGAGUGGUGGAAGGCACUCGGUGCCUUGCUCGAACGCGAAGGCUACCUAAAGAAAGUGAAAAUUCCAAACUCCUUCAACAAGUUUGCCACCAUUUACCACGUACAGAUCACUCCCACCGGACAGAAAUGGCUCGAUUCCGAGUCGAACAAUCGCAAACUGUUGCUGAAACCCACCGCGGAAAUGUUCAAAUCGCUCACGAUCAUCAAGCCUACCUUCCUCUUUGAUCAACCCGCGGAUUCAACGGCGCAGUCCUCGCAAGCCCGCUUGCUCACGUCACAAACGCGCAUCCCAACGUCGCAGGAUCUGACGCAGGAGAUAGUGAAGCUGCUGCUUAAAAAACGCUCCGAGCUGGCAAUGCAGUUCGAGUGCAUGCCGUACAUGAUCGCAUCGAACACGGCCCUCCAUCAGAUGGCCACGCGGAAGCCGUUGAACCUGCAGGAAAUGAAAAAGGCCCAGCUGGAUGGAUUUUCCGAUGCGAAACUGCAAAAGUUCGGCUGGGAGUUUCUCGUGUGCAUUCAGCAGAAGCUCAAUCUGCUGCCAUCGCCGCAGCCCGAGGUCGCCCGUUCCGAUCCACCUGCCGCAGGCUCGCUGUCGGCCACGAAAACGGUGAGCGUGUCCCUCUGGAAGGCGGAGAACAAAUCGCUGUCGGAAAUCGCGACCAUCCGCAAGCUCGCCGAAUCCACCGUCAUCAGCCAUAUCUGCGAUGCCAUUCGUUCGGGCGUUCCGUACCAGCAGGACGAUCUCGUCCGUUUGGGUUUAGGAGUGGGUGGGUACGCCACCAUAGCAUCCCGCUUACCCACCAGCCUGGACGAACCCCACAUACUAACGAAGAUCAAGGAAAUGUGUCCCCCGGAGGUAACCUUUAAUCAGAUAAAGCUUGUCCUCGCGUGUGAAGCACAACGGAAACUUUUCGGCGUAACUCCCGACAGCCGGAAUACGAACGAACGGACCUCUCCAGUGCCUAAGCCACCGUUCCCUAAAAACACCACCGAAGGCUUCAGUGCUUCACUGAAAGGACUGUUAGAUGACGAUGAGGACGACGACGAUGGUAUGUUCGAUCUGGACGAAUUGGAUCGCCUAGAAGCUUCGUUUGUGAAUGCGAAUAACAAUGUAGCGACUUCGCCUCCAUCGCCUCCGUUGGAGCCAUCGUCCGAGAAAACGCUCAACAACCGCCCUACAGUCGUGCCAAACCGCGACGACUCGGAAACGCUCACCCACCCAACCACCGAUCGAUCGAUUGAAUCCUUGCCGCAGGACGACGACGUGAAGGAGAACGUGUCUCAAGCCGGGCAACCAUCGAACUCCAGCCCGACGGUCGAUCUCACAAAGAAUGCAUUUCGACCGAAAGCUCCAUCCCGGCGACCGGUUAACCUGAAGCGCAUCAUCUACGACGACGAAGAGGAGGACGAGGAGGACGAGCAGACUACCUUUAGAUUCACGAAACGAAAACCCUAA